GUUUGUCACACAUGUUUUACUGCGUGUAGACCCCGGUUUUUUUAAUUUUUACGGCAGAAGUUCCCAGAAUGCAACUCGUACCAAAAAAUAACAUGGCGACCACAGAGAUGGAGGUGGACAGUGGUGCUAAAGGGGAUGGACCCAAGGGAGAAGGGAUCCGCAAGUACUACAUGACAAAGAUUGACGAGCUUCAGAUGGUGGUGACAGAGAAGAGCCAGAACUUAAGAAGAUUAGAGGCACAGCGUAAUGAGCUCAAUGCCAAAGUGCGGAUGUUGCGUGAGGAACUACAGCUCCUUCAAGAACAAGGUUCACAUGUGGGAGAAGUUGUCAAAGCCAUGGACAAGAAGAAAGUCCUUGUCAAGGUACACCCAGAAGGUAAAUUUGUUGUGGACAUCGACAAAGCCAUCGACAUCAACGAUGUACAGCCAAACUGCAGGGUAGCACUGCGCAACGAUAGCCACACUCUCCACAAAAUCCUGCCAAACAAGGUGGAUCCCUUAGUCAGUCUGAUGAUGGUGGAGAAGGUACCAGACUCUACCUAUGAGAUGGUCGGAGGUCUGGACAAACAGAUCAAGGAGAUUAAAGAGGUCAUUGAACUCCCGGUCAAGCACCCUGAGCUGUUUGAUGCGCUUGGUAUCGCGCAACCAAAGGGAGUGUUACUCUACGGUCCCCCAGGUACAGGCAAGACCUUACUAGCCAGAGCGGUAGCUCACCACACAGAGUGUACGUUCAUUCGAGUAUCGGGCUCUGAGCUGGUCCAGAAAUUCAUCGGUGAAGGAUCCAGAAUGGUUAGAGAACUCUUCGUCAUGGCAAGAGAGCACGCACCGUCCAUCAUAUUCAUGGACGAGAUUGACUCCAUCGGGUCGACCCGUAUCGAGGGAAGCUCUGGUGGAGACAGCGAGGUCCAGCGCACCAUGCUGGAACUACUCAACCAACUAGACGGGUUUGAAGCCACCAAGAAUAUCAAGGUGAUCAUGGCGACAAAUCGCAUUGACAUCCUGGACUCUGCCCUGCUCCGCCCCGGCCGCAUCGACCGCAAGAUCGAGUUCCCGCCGCCCAACGAGGAAGCCCGACUGGACAUUCUCAAGAUCCACUCCAGAAAGAUGAACCUGACAAGAGGCAUCAACCUGAGGAAGAUUGCCGAGCUCAUGCCGGGAGCCUCGGGGGCUGAAGUCAAGGGAGUGUGCACGGAAGCUGGCAUGUAUGCAUUGAGGGAGAGAAGAGUACACGUAACACAAGAAGACUUUGAAAUGGCGGUGGCAAAGGUGAUGCAAAAAGACUCGGAGAAGAACAUGUCCAUCAAGAAGUUCUGGAAGUAGAGGCCGGCAGUUCUAUAUUUUGAAAAACAAAUGAUAAAAUAUGUUGGGCUUAAACCGGGGGUACUUCAGCGGAAACAGAUUGAGAAAACUCUGGGAAAUGCACAAGUUGAGGACUCGGGCCCAACAAAAUAAGAUGGAAAAAUACCCUACAGACGUGCUCUAAGCUUUUUCUAAUCUUUGUAAAGGCCUUUUUGGUUAUCCAGGCGUACAAUUUUACUUUGCAAACUCCUACAAUUGGUAGUGAGGAAGAUGCAUUAGCUGCUCAUCCUCGGUCCUUACCCCGGAAAUGUCAUUCCCUUUUUCCAAAAUGCUUUACGAAUUAAAAACUGUGUCUACAUGGUUCAUUUGAGAAUCAUUUUGGUCAAAACUUUGUGUCUUAUUGGAAAUUCAAAAUGAGAAUUUGAACUAUGCCCGGUCUUCUCAAUGCUUGAAUGUGUCAUUUUAAUGCCAGGGAACCAGACUGGGUGUCGUCUAAUUAUCGCACCAUUGAUCACAUUGCUCCUAGCUAUUUAAACAUGUCUAUAAGACCGGAGUUAAUACAUUAUACAUUGUAUGUGUCUUGGGAUAUUGCGUAUUUUACAAAUUCUAAGACAAGUUUCGUUAAGUUAUUACAUUGCAUUUGUUUCUUCUGACAAAUGGUAAAUUGUAAGUUGAAAAUGUAGUAUACAUGUAGUAUUCUUUAUAGCAUUUGUUUUGUAAGCAUUGGCUUGUAAUGUAAUAAGCAAAUGUUCUUGAAUAAAUCUUACAAAGGAAAAAUAA